GCAGUUGAGGUCAGUGGGCACUGGGCAGUCAGCAGAUAUGGAACAGCAAGGACACUGUAAACGAGGACUGUGGGUCCAGCAGUGACUAGAGUAUGUUUUUGAGUUACUCCAUUCAUGGAUGGGGAUACCAGUGUUUGAGCUCAACAAUUCCUUCAAUAUGACAUCUGGCGGUAGACUAAAGUUUUUCCAUCCUCCUGUGCAAAACUAAAAAAAAAAACCAUGCAAGAAGAAAUUGCUGCCACCGUAGUCUUCAUCACAAUGCUGGUGAAAAAGCACAGGAAGCUGAACAAAGCACAGAUAGACAAGUUUGCAGCUAAGCUGACCACCGUUCUGUUUGCACGGUAUAAAUCUCACUGGUAUGUGGAGAAUCCAACUAAAGGACAAGCUUUUCGAUGCAUAAGAAUAAAUAAGUUCCAAGCUGUUGAUUCAGUCUUGGCGGAGGCCUGUGUAGAAAGCAACGUAAAAUUUGAUGACCUUGGCAUGCCAAAAGAAAUGACCAUCUGGGUGGAUCCAUUUGAGGUGUGCUGUAGAUAUGGGGAGAAGAAUUGCCCUUUCACAAUUGCAAGUUUCUGUGGUAAAGAAGACUGUAAUGUACCUAGGAGGAUUAGCACUGCUGUCGACAAAGCUACUUCUGACUAUCAUUCUGGGACAUCUGAUGAAGAGACCACCAUAAAGGAACCCAGGACUAUUCCUACAGUGAGCAAUCCCAACAGCAUUUAUCAGUGUUCAGACUACAUUCAAACACUUCAUUCUUGGCCCCAGUUCCCCCGCAGAAAGAACUACCCAAAUGAAGGGCAUCAGCCUUCAGGUUACUAUCCUAAAGCCUCCAAAUCCUACAGACAACCUAUGACGUCUGGUCCUCGUGUUGACCGUUAUCACUGGGUGAACACAAGACGCUGACCCAAGCGUCUAGCAUUUUUUAGAAAAAUCCACUGCCUCUUUUUUAAGCUUGUUUUUAGGAGAACACUUAUUUAUAUUUUUAUGUGUGUUUGUAACUGCAAUGAUGCACUGAUUGGUUUUUAUUUAAGGAAAAAAAAAAAGAAUAAAUUACAUUUUUACACUG